ACUAUACUUUCUCAACUAACCUUCUUGAGGUAACGCGACACAAACUAAAUCUAAAUCCGCUCAAAUCUGCACUGCGCUUCCUAUUUGGCAAAUCUCUCUCUCCCUCUCUCUCUCUCUCUCUCUCUCUCUCGUUCUGUGAUGACGUCGAGACAGACCUACAGAGUCUGCUGCUGUUUCCCGCGGCGCUUCAAUGUCACUGCGGCGGAGGCUCCGGCGGAGGUCCGGGCAUUAUUCGAUCGCUACUCCGAGAACGGGCUGAUGGAUGCCGAACACCUCCGGAGGUUCUUGAUCGAGGUCCAGAAGGAAGACAAGGCCACCAUAGAGGAUGCUCAGGCCAUCAUCGACGGCCUCCACGAUAUCCGGCACCUCAAUCUCCGCCACCGGAAGGCCCUUCAUCUUGAAUCCUUCUUCAAAUUCCUCUUCGGCGACAAUAAUCCUCCUCGCUCUCCAUCUCUUGGGGUUCAUCAUGAUAUGACAGCUCCCAUAUCUCACUAUUACAUAUAUACGGGCCAUAAUUCGUAUCUAACCGGGAAUCAACUGAGUAGCGACUGCAGUGAUGAGCCUAUUAUAAAAGCGCUGAAGAAAGGUGUGAGAGUUAUUGAAUUGGAUAUUUGGCCGAACUCCGCGAAAGACAAUGUUGAUGUUCUGCAUGGAAGGACACUGACCGCUCCAGUUGAACUCCUCAAAUGUUUGAAGUCUAUUAAAGAGCAUGCGUUUUCUGCAUCUGAAUAUCCUGUUGUAAUAACUUUAGAAGACCACCUUACUCCAGAUCUUCAAGCUAAAGUGGCCGAGAUGAUCACUCAAACAUUUGGAGAAAUUCUAUUUUCUCCUGGACCAGAAUGCUUGAAGGAGUUUCCUUCACCAGAAUCACUGAAGAAAAGGAUUAUUAUAUCUACCAAACCGCCAAAAGAAUACCUUGAGGCUAAAGAAGUAAAGGGAAAAGAGGAUGAUCCACAGAAGGGAAAGGAUUCAGGUGAUGAUGAAGCCUGGGGAAAAGAAAUCCCUGAGAUUGGAGGUGUCGCAGGCGAGACAAAGGAUGAUUCAGAUGACGAAAAGGAUGAUCAGGGUGAGGAAGAUCUAGAUGAAUUUGAUCCCAAGUCUCAGGUGGUUGCAGCACCGGAGUACAGGCGGUUGAUUGCUAUUCAUGCUGGGAAGGGAGCGGGUGGAUUGCAGGAUUGGCUUAAGGUUGAUCCAAAUAAAGUGAGACGUCUUAGCUUGAGUGAACAGGAACUUGAAAAGGCUGUAUUAACUCAUGCAAAAGAGAUUGUCAGGUUUACUCAGCGGAACUUAUUGAGAGUGUAUCCCAAAGGUGUACGGUUUGACUCAUCCAACUACAACCCACUAAUUGGAUGGGCGCAUGGAGCUCAGAUGGUUGCAUUUAAUAUGCAGGGUUAUGGUAGAUCACUGUGGUUGAUGCACGGAAUGUUCAAGGCUAAUGGUGGAUGUGGAUAUAUUAAAAAGCCUGACUUUCUGUUAAAGCUUGGCCCAAACAAUGAGGUUUUUGAUCCUAAAGCUAUAUUACCAGUCCAAACAACUUUGAAGGUGACUGUUUAUAUGGGUGAAGGAUGGAAUCUUGAUUUCAAGCACACACACUUUGAUGCGUUCUCUCCCCCAGAUUUCUAUGCCAGGGUUGGAAUUGCUGGAGUCCCUGCCGAUGCUGUAAUGAAGAAAACAAAGAUCAUUGAGGACAAUUGGAUACCGGUUUGGAAUGAAGCGUUCGAGUUCCCACUGACCGUUCCGGAGCUGGCUCUGCUCAGGGUUGAGGUUCACGAGUACGACAUGUCUGAAAAGGACGAUUUUGGAGGCCAAACGUGCCUGCCGGUGUCGGAACUGAGGAGUGGAAUCCGAUCAGUUCCCCUCCAUAGCCGCAAGGGAGACAAGUACAACUCUGUAAAGCUUCUUAUGCGUUUUGAAUUUGUUUGAUAUAUAUAUGUAUGUAUGUAUGUAUGUAUGUAUGUAUAUUGUUGUGACUUGCAGUUGCUUUUUGUGUCUUCUCAUUCCUUGCCUCCUUGCUGUUCCAAAGCUUGCAGUUGUGUUGCGUUGCGUUUAAAUACUUAAAAAGCUUGGCUUCUUGUUUUGCAUGUAACAUAUACUGAAAUAAGAGUGCUCGCCACUGUGGUCGUGUCUUGUCGUCUGUUUGUAUUUUUGAGCGUAGAACUCCGUGUUACCCGAAAGCUUUUGUUCAAAUUGAUGCUCUUAAACUCUCAAUGAAAAUGAACCAUUUUAUUUGCAAGGAGCCUAA